UGAUGAAUGGUACUCCGGAAUUUCAUCUUCAAAAUUUUCCAAAUCUGUGCUACGGCAGCGCCACAAAUAUCGAUUGACGUCACUGCACGCAAUUUUCUUCGCGCAUUGCAUGCUUCUACCUGAAUGACGUCACUUUAUCUUCCAGUAGCUCCUUCUUUUCCAAUCCUAACCUCACACGGAAUACCAAGAGCAACCGUACAUCCAACAUUUCUCUCAUUGCCUAUCAUUCCUAAGGAGUUAAAGAGAUCAUUCAUUCCUCCUAAGUAUCAUUCACAAUUUUCAUCAAAAAUUUCAUCGAUUUUAUAUCUUUCUUCAUUGUUGUCUGCCAUGAACUUUAUUUCUGUGUGAAGUAUAAAAUUGUCUGCUGAAAGUAAAAACUGCGGAACAUUUUCUUACAUUGUAAAAGAGAAUCAAAUUAAUAAUCAAAGUAAGUAAGGAGAAAGGUUCUGGAUAAGAAGGAGCUUCACCAAAGGAUGCCACCAACGGGUACUAUAUUUUAUAAUGACAUGAGUGAGGUGAACGGGACAGCAAAGCGAUUCCCCACAUCUCAGUCAACGGGGAGUGCCUUGUCAGAAUUACCACUUAAAAUGGCUGAAGACAACCAUGAAGACACUCCAGUUGAAGGAAUAGCUCUCAAAAGAAGGGUUGGUCUGGUCAGUGGAGUAGCACUCAUCGUAGGCACAAUGAUUGGUUCGGGUAUAUUUGUUUCGCCCAAAGGAGUACUGCUAAGGUCCGGCUCUGUGGGUACAAGCCUUCUCGUUUGGUCUGGGUGUGGCAUUCUCUCGUUAUUAGGUGCAUUGUGUUAUGCAGAAUUAGGAACUAUGAUAACGAAAUCCGGAGCUGAAUACAGCUAUAUGAUGGACGCUUUUGGUCCUUUGCCAGCCUUUCUAUUUUCGUGGGUUUCAGUGCUGGUACUGAAACCCUCCAUGAUGGCCAUUAUUUGUUUGUCACUCGGAGAAUACGUCGUAGAACCUCUCAAUAUAGGCUGCCCUCCAAACAUGUAUGCCGUCAAAUUAGUUGCCGCAUUAUCUAUAGGAGUAAUAACGUACAUCAACUGUUUGAGUGUGAAAUUGGCUACACGAAUUCAGAAUAUUUUUACGUGUUCCAAGUUGCUAGCAAUUGCCAUUAUAGUCGUCGGGGGAUUUAUAAAAUUAACUGAAGGUCACACCAAGCAUCUUGCGACGGGAUUCGAAGGAGAAAGUGCAACGUUUUCGGAUAUCGCGACAGCAUUUUAUAGCGGUUUGUGGGCCUACGACGGAUGGAAUAACUUGAACUAUGUAACAGAAGAAUUGAAGAAUCCAUAUGUGAAUUUGCCCCUUGCUAUAGCGAUUGGAAUACCAUUAGUUACCUUAUGUUACGUACUGGUGAACGUGUCCUACAUCACUGUCAUGUCUACGGCCGAACUUCUAGCGUCCGAAGCAGUCGCAGUGACAUGGGCUCAUCGAGUUUUGGGAGUUAUGUACUUUAUCAUGCCGAUUUCAGUAGCAUUGAGUUCAUUUGGUGCUGGUAAUGGUUCAUGCUUUACAGGAGGACGGCUGUGCUAUGUAGCAGCUCGUGAAGGUCAUCUUGUAGAUAUACUCUCAUUCCUACAUAUUCGUCGUCAUACUCCAUCUCCAGCUCUUAUUUUCAACGCUGUAUUGGCUUUGUUAAUGAUCAUUCCUGGAGAUAUUGGAAGUUUAAUAGACUUCUUCAGUUUUACAGCGUGGCUUUUUUACGGAUUAACGUUCCUGGCACUAAUCGUCAUGCGACACACUAAAAAAGAUUUGCGAAGACCUUACAAAGUACCAAUAGUUAUUGCGUACAUUGUGCUCUUGGUUUCUAUAUAUUUGGUAGUAGCCCCAAUAAUCGAAGAUCCUCAAAUUGAAUAUUUAUAUGCCUCAGUUUUUAUUCUUUCUGGCCUUUUUGUAUACAUUCCCUUUGUUUAUUACAAACUGAAACUGAACAUAAUGGGAAAUAUAACUAUCUUCUUCCAGUUGCUACUUGAAGUAGCUCCAACAAAAUAUAUGCCUGACUGAUAUUUCCAAUGAUGUCUAAUCAAAUAAGAAUAAUUUCAAUAAAAGUGGCUGAGGAAGUUAUUUUUGUUGUUGCCACUCAUAAUGAUUCAAAGUGAUAUAUUCCACAUGGACUGGUGAUAUUAAAUUUAAAAGGAAAAAAAAUGAAAAUAAAGUAGAAAAAAAUUUAAAAAUCAAAGCAUAUAAUUCAUAGUUACUGUAUCAUCGAAAUUGCUUUUCGUCUUAUAUUUUCAUUAUUCCAUUAAAGCUCAACAUGCAUUCGAAAUGUACUAUUUUACCGGUGCUCUUCCAUAAACAUCAUAGAAUCUGCAGACGAUUUGGGAAGAAUUCGGCUGAACGGAAAAAAAAUCGUUUUCAACCGAACUGUCUUCCUUCCUGUGAUGGCAGAAAUUUUUAAAUUUUAAAUAUUCGUACUUUCUUAACAUUAUCAUUUUGCAUAAGAGUAAUAAUAACAAGUUUAAAGUUUGCAGUGCAAUGUGUGUUUUCUAUACUUCAUGAUAAUAUUACAGAGACAAUCAACAUUAUCCCACUCACUUAAAACUAAAUCAUUUAAGUUCAUGUAUCAAUUCUUCUUUUGAUGGCUUUUACGUCGUUUUCUUUAUUAUUAUUCUUAAACUUAACUAAACAACAAACGAGAGAAAUAGUCUCUGUAAUAUUAUCAAUACGCUAUUUAACGUUGUUGUUUUAGUGGUUGGAUAUUAUUUUUAUAUUCAAAAUAUAAUCAAUCUUUGAGAGAAAGUUUAAAAGACUAUCUCAUAUAAUUUGCUGCUGGGUACCUUUUCGUUAGCCGGGUAUAAGCAAUAAAUUAAGUUCGUUUCAAAGUAUCUUUACGCUAUUGUCUUCAAACUUUCAAAAUCCCAAAUGUAUCUUGAUUUAAUUAAUUUUAAUCCGAAAAAAUAAAUAGAUAAUAAAAAUCAGGAAAAGCUUCCUGGAAAUCCGCCAUUAAAAUAAUCGUUUUUUAGAACAUUUUUCUCCUUUGUAUAUAAACUAUUAUUUUGGAAAUAAAAUAAGAACAUAAAACACUUUUUAGGCUGCAAAUUGAAAUAGAACAAUACUAGAAUAAUGAAGUAUAAAACUUGGAAUCUUACUUCAUAUUUCAUAAAGAAUAUAUGAAUUCAAUGCUUUGAACGUCAUAAAGAAAUAAAUUGCUGCCCUUUUGGCGAAAAAAGUAUCGUUAGCUGUUAAGAUAGCUUCUAUUAAACAAAAAUUGACAUUAUUCUUAAUGACAGAAAGUUAUUAUGUGGCAAAGAAAUUUAUUAUGUUUGUUGCAUUGUUUUUCAUCAUUGUCGCUGAUCAAAUAAAAUGUGUUUUUAUAAAUAUAUUUCGUGAGCAAUACCAUUAAAUGCGCGAAACUAUCAUGAUAAUUUUUCACUUUUUUAUAUUAACUCAUGUAUUUUUAUAAGUUAGAAAUAUUUAUAGAUUUUAUAACAAUUUCUUUGCCACAAAAUAACAACUAUGCUAUUUAGACAAGUUCCCGAUUUUACAAUUAAAUUAUUGCUUGAAGCUUAUUUUUUAUUUAAAAAUUUUCAUAAAGUUAUAGGAAGAUAUAAAUAAAAAUGAAAAAUAUCAAUAAUUAUUGUUAUUAUUAUUUUUUAAUAAAUUAUUUAAAAAAUAGCUUUGACAUAUUUCGCACUCAAAGCUUUCCCUGAACAGAAAGAACAUCCUUUAUGGAAAGUUGUAAUAAAAGUUCUAAAAUAGGCUGACAGAUUCAAUUUAAAAAUCUUCGAAGCCUGCUAAAGCGAGAGAAAAGUUUUUAACUACAAUACAAAGUGAACAUUGUGGCAAUUUCCAAGCCCUGUAGGCAUUUAAACAUUUUAAUUGAAUAUUUUGUUCUACUGAGAAGAAAAAAAUACGACUUAGAGGAUUUUAUUUGACUUAUAAUAACAGAAUUUUUGGUGUGAACAUUUUCUUCGACUUUCUUUUAACAUUGAGCAUUUAAUUUUCCAACACAAGACAAAAUGUCGAUAUAAUUUGCAAAAUAAGCAUCCUUAAAAAGCUUAGUUGGUCUAAGUUUUUUUUAUUUAAUAAUUCAAAAAAAUGAUUAUUUGUCAAACAAGAUUUAAAACUAAAUUGAUCUAAAUCUAAUUUUUUUUUAGUAUGGAUUAUCUUUAAAAUAGUUCGAAAAAAUUCGACUGUAUCAGUUCUCUCCAUAAAAGCCAGAUAUAUUCGCAACCUCUGAAGAUUGACUUUCAGAGCUACAAAAAUACUCUCUCAAGGAUUGAAAUAUUUUAAAGAUAAGCUAUAAAAAUAGAUAAAUGCAAUACUUGUAAUGACAUAUUCGUGUGAUGAAGAUUUUUAACGUUUUUCAGAGUUUCUGAAAUAAAAAAUUGCACUCUUUCUCCCAAUCAGUAAAAAAAAUCAUUUUUACCAUUAAAUCAUGAGAAAGUUCGUUCUGGAAGAUUAUGCAUUUUCUGAAUUUUUCUUCGUUAUUCUCAAAACAAUUCCAUUGUCAUGGGAUGAAAUUUAUUAAGUCAUAACUUUGACAAUGACUUCAUACUUUUUCUCUGCAAACAAAAGUACUUAGCAAACAAAAUUCUUUUAUUGAGAACAUUUUCAUUUCUUUGUAUUUAUUUCUAACUUAUAAGGGAGGUACCAAAUUGUCACACACAGAUCAAGGUGAAUUUUUUAUACAUUUUGUUUGUUUGCACGUUUUGUUUUAAUACACGCAGACAAUUUUGUCUGUUUCGUUUUUGUUAUGGAGAUAUAAAUUACUGAAAAUGUAAUUCAGGCGAAAAAAGUUGUCAAGAAUCGCAGAUAUUUAGCAAAAGGCUAUAAGAGAAAGAAUCAUUUCAAAGAUACAAAGAAGAUGAUAAAUUUUUAGCAAUUUCUUGAAUAUUUAUCUAAAAAAAUUAUGCAGUAAACUUGAAAUUUGUUAUUUAAUUUUAUUAAAUUAAAUUUUUAUUUAAAAUUUUAGACUUUUAAACGCAAAUAUUAAAGUUUUGAUUCAGAAGAAAGUCAUAAAUUAAAACCAUUUACAAUUAACAAUGCUUUUCGCAUGCGGGACGAAUAGAAAUUAGUGAUGUAUUUCAAGGUGAAAAUGGUAAUUUUUGAUAAUUUAAUAAUUAUUUCGAAACAGACAAAAUAAGUUGAAGGUCAAGGGGGGAGAACGGUUUGCGUCCAUGAAAGCUAAUUCUGAGAAAAAACAUCAGAAGCGCACGAACAAUAACUGUUUUUCCGUAGCCUAUCUUGUCUGUAUUACAACUCUGGGAAGAACCGAUUAUGUACGUUAUUGAUUUGUCAUAACUUAUAAUCCUCACAAGCAACAAAUAGUGAUCAAAUCGUCCUUUUUUUGAGAAAAAUGGACAUAAAUCAUUCACCCCCCUUAUCUUCAAUUGUAUGUAUUUUAAUCUAUUGUAUGUAUCUUUAAUUGUAUGAAUCAAUUGUUCAUAACCUAUAAAAUUCUUUGUAAAACUGUCCGGUUUGCGAGUACUUUCCUUACUAGAAGUUAAUUACUUAUUUAUAAAAUUCAUAAUUUAAAAUUUUAUUUAUUUCAAAUGAUACACAUUUCUUACAUAAUAUUUAGUUUAUUAACAUUUAUUUCAUAAUUAACAAAUUUACAUUUAACCAAUUAAAAGCUAAUUUUUUAAAGAUCCAAUUUAAAGCUUUUAUUUCAAGAAUUGCAAAAAUUUCCAUAGCCGUUUUUUCCCCCAUUCAAUAUUAAUCAUUGACAUUAAAAAAAAAUCUUUAUCAUUAGAAUAUUGUGUUCAGCACUCGAAUUCAAUGGUAAAAUGUUGUUAAACAUCUAUCUUUAUCUAUGCUAUACUAUGUAAAAUAAAUUGUAUUAUAGCUCAGUGUGAAAUAUAAAAUUUAUCCAAAUGUAAGUUUCUAAUUGUUAUCGUUGAGAAAAUUCUAUAUAAAAAUGUUGUCGUAAUAGUGGCACAGUUGGACCAGUCGAUUCUUUGUACAACACUAAUGUAUGUACUUUUUAAUGCAGUCAUCAGCUCAAAUUUAAUUAUCUUUUGUGUUAAUUAGUUACAUUUCAAUUAUUUUAUACUUUUCUAGUCAUUUGUAUUAAUCAGGUUUCUCGAAAUAUGGCCUGUCGUUAUGAGCCUAAAUGUUAGAAAUUUUGCAGUGCGUUGAAUCAUAUCGUGCAAAUUUGCUAUAACCUUAAUAUGGUCUCUAAUUGUAAUAAUAUAUUCCAAGUUUGAUGUGCUCUUAAUAUGGUCUAUAGUUGAACCAUAUUAUCAUGCUUUUUGAACCUUAUUACACUAUUCUGUGGUUCAACUAAAACAUGGUUCAAUUUGAUGCCUUAUUAGUAAGGCCCGGAUUUUGAUGACAUUUGCAUUAUUUUGCAUUUUUGGACAUUUUUUUGUCUUUAGAGCAUUUUUUUAGAUUUAUAGGGCAUUUUUCUUUAAAUUUUGGGGCGUAUUUUGCAUUUUAAAGCAUUUUUUAAGUUUUUUCUUAAUCUUUUCCAAUUUUAAUUAUUUUUUUGCCAAUUUUUAUUAUUACACUGACUUCCAAACAAUGAAGAAAAUCUCUGGGAUAUUAACAGGUGAAGCAACAUUUUUUCAAAUUGAAGAAGAAUUGUCAGGAAGUGAGUGUCAGUUUCAAGUACGCACCAAUAAUAUCAGUAGACGCUGAAAGAAGCUUCUCCAGGUAUAAAAAUUUACUUUCAGACAAGAGACGCUCGCUUACAUUUCAAAAUAUCAACAAAAAAAAUGUAAUAAUCCAAUGUAAUUCUGAUAUUUAGUAUUAUUGUGAGAUGGAAGUUUUGGUAUUCAUUAAAGUUUCUAUACAAAAUGAAAA